AUGGAACAAGACAAUCUUCACAAUUCAAGCACCACCACACAAAACAAUUCAACUCAUUCCAAUGAUGAUGAUGAUAUUUGGGGAGAGGAGGAAUUUAGAGUGGACGGACAAAAUGAUUCCAAGAGUUACGAUCAAUAUGUUGCUUCUUUGAAUUUCGAUCGUAUGAGGGAUACUUUUGUUACAUUGGGAAUAAAGGAUGGUGUUUCCGAAGGCCUUGAUGAGGCUAGACAAGUCUAUUUUGAAAAGGGACUCGUUGGAGGUAUUAGAGAGGGUAUUGUUUGUGGUUUUCUUAUUCAAUUGAUGAGUUUGGAAGGAUUAAUAGAUGAGGAGAAGAGGAACAAGAUGAAGAGUGAAAGUGUAUUGUGGAAGAAGGAAAAGAUGGAUCGAGUGAUGGAGAUGAUUCUAUCAUCAGAGAAGAAGGUUGUUGCAGAUUGUGAUGAUGGUGAAGGAAUAGAAGAUGAAGAUUUGAGAAUGAUUCGGGAGGUUAUUGAAAAGCAUACUGACCACAUUGAAAUGUUCAAAGCAACCUACGAAAGUAUUCUUCGUCACUAA